AUGUUUUGUGAUAAAUUCGUCUUCCUCUUUUUCUUUUCCCUUUUAACCAUCGUAUGGAGAGACGUACACAGUAGGGACGUCAAUGAGAAUAAAAUUGUAGUCAACCCCGUUGACACGGGAACGCCCGGGGGGGACAACUCCUCGGGCGGAAAGAAGGGAUCCAGCGGGGAUGAGAAGGCCAACAAGGCAGACAAAGUGGGCAAGCCCGAUGAGGAAGAGGAGGACGAACCAGAUGUAGAUGUGGACGCCGACGAAACGGAAGAUGCGUCCCCAGAGGGAGAGGCUACCACCCCAAAGGAUUACCCAACUGAAGGAAAAGACAACCAGGAAAAUAACAUGGACGCCAUAAUAAAUGAAUAUUACACAAAUGUGCUCAUUCCAAAGGAAUCGAAGGAUCGCGCCGAGAUGGAAGAGGAAAAAAAUAAAAUGUCACUCAUCACAAGAAUUAAAAAGUUUUUCACAAAAAAAGAAGAAGAGACGGAAGAAAAUCCACCAACAUUAAUUGAAUACAUACGUCAGAAAAAUAAAAAAAUAUGGGAUCUCGAAGAGGAAAAGGCAAGCAGAGACAGAACAAAAAGUAUGUAUAAAUAUCUUUUCUGGACCACUGCUUACCUCCUAAUUAACGUGGCUAUAAUCCCAUUCUUAUCUUAUUUUUACAUGUACAAGAGGGUUAAAAAUACCAUUAUGGAGGAAUAUAAAAAUAACCCAGAUAGACGUCUUGUCCCCUACAACUACGACUUUUCCUCUAACAGACCUUCGGUAAAAAUUUCCGGCAGGACUUUCCGCAACUGCAGGUAUUAUCCUCCGAAGAGGAGGACCCAAUUCCCCUUCCUGGUCGGGAUGCUCAACGGGAGCCCUUACGCGAUUGUCAAACUAUGA